AUGAUUGCAGAAAUACAGAAUCGUCAACAUGAUCUUGCCACGCCAGUUUCAGAUGACGAAAUCAUUGUCCAGCGUAUUGCCUUGCGUGCGGCAAGCCUUAUGGAUAGAACUAUGUUCAAUCAUCACUUCGACACCGCUCUGGGCAAUCGGCCGAGGCAUUUGUACUUUGCUACAUCUCAUCACCUUCGCAGCAAUCCGUCAUCGUUGACAACGAAGCAGGAUCUUAGUUCACAGAUCUACAAUGCACACUUGGAACUCGUCAGCAUUGCCACAGAUUCCAUAGAGCAACUUCAAUCGCAACUGGUCCGCUCCACUGAAAACCCUUUCUUCCAAUUAACAGAACUGCACAAUCGUCUACAAAGCUGGUAUGGCAGUCUCCCGAGCCGCCUGCGCUGGAACUAUCAAACAAAAGAGUCUACUCCAAGUCUCUUCCUUCUCCACCAACUAUACCAUGCCGUCCUGAUCUUGCUAUAUCGUCCUUUUGCGUCCCAGGAGGCACUAAUGAGCAUUGUCGACCGGUUUACGGGCGCCAACAUUAACCAGCUAUCCGAAUCUAUUCACAAUAUCCUACUUACGAAUGCGAUUCGGAUAGCGGACCUCAUCUUCGAGUCUCGCGAACAAUUUGAACCCGGCGCUAUCUUUCCCCUAUCGGUUCAGCAAGGAGCUCUUGCAGCCGGAGUUCUUUUAGCCCACAUAUCACGGAUAGAGGGCAACGGUAUAGGAGAUUCGGGUCUCCGACACCUGAAAAUUCUACAACAGUUUUUCAUUGACAUGUCUGCGAUACAAGGACCAGCUGACAGGUUGGCUCGGACUCUGCGGGAUAUCACUGUAGCUACGAGCAGCUGUGGCAGCCCUACGGAGGGAUGGAAGGCUCGCACCCCUCGGCAGAGCAUAGAUAUUACGAACUCAGACACAGAGCGGGUUGAAAUUUCAGUUAGUCGCCCCAGCGAUGCCAUCUGGGUCAACAGAGAUGACGAAUGUGGCGGAACCAACCUGCCAGGACAGCGACACGAUUGCGGAGCUCAAGAGCAAGACAUCACUGCCGCUACGUCUAAGGAUAAUGACGCCCCGAUAGAUGGAAGUCCUUAUGGACUUGGUCCAAUAAGAGAUUCAGACCACAGACCAGAUUUGUCACCUGCUUCAAAUAAUUCGAUCGGCCGCCGCUCUCACAGCCAAUCAUUGCUCCGGGGCAACGACGCAAUGAAUUCAACAAGCAUGCCUUCCGCACACGCCAUGCAACCAAGUCCCACCCGCCUAACACCUGUGGAUAUGUCCUUGGACCCAGGAGGGUUAUUUUCUCCUCGGUUUUCCCCUGGAACAGACCCCUUGAGCUUGCCCGUGGCUGGUCCUGACUUGGACGCCUGGGACAAGGAAGCUGUCAGCGUAUCCUGGUCUGAUACAUUCAAAGCGCUUAGGGCAGUGCAUGAGCGAUCUGGGUCGGAGAAGACGGUUGCUAACGAGUUCGGUGAUGUGAUGGGGGGCGUCUUUAAGCUGUGGUGA